AUGGCAAAAGAGCAACCAUUUGAGCAAUUCUCCGACGAGGAGGAGGUCAUCUCUUCCGAGGAAUCAGAACUCGAGGAGGAAAUCCCCCGCCAGCGCAAACCGAAGCCCGUGUUCGACGAGAAGGAUUCCGACGAAGAAGAGCUCGAGAGGCUGGUCUUGGGAGGCAAGGCCGAUUUUCGCGAACAGCUCUUUCGCAACGAUGUGCUCGGCGAUAUUGAACGACUCGAGAGAGAGAAGAACCUCCAGCUCACCAAGCCGGACGACGAGCCCACACUAGAGGAAGUCGCCGACCACGACCUCUUCUUCCUCGACACCGGAGUCUCUGGGGCAAAAGGCGACGCAAAGGCGGGCAGCAAGCAAGAAACAGCGGCCGUUGACGAGAACGCGCCCGCGUGGGAGGACAGCGACGACGAGCGAUUGACCGUUUCCCUGGCGACCGCGACGAGGUUACGAAAGCUGCGCCUCACCGAGGCCGAGGACAUGGUCAGCGGCGCCGAGUACAGCAGAAGACUAAGACAGCAAUUCGUCCGCCUAAACCCCCUCCCGAAAUGGGCGCAAGAGCCGUCGUCCGAAGGACGCCCCGCAAAGAGGAGAAGACGCUCAUCCGCCGCCGCCUCCGACUCCUCCAUCAGCUCCGACGAAGAAGACAGUGCCGAGGACCUCUCCGCGGCGCCCCUCGAGAAAUUCAUGCGCGAUGUCCACCGCCUCGCCGGCCGCGGCGCCGCAAACGGCGGCAAAGCCCGCCUCCGGCCCGAGGUCAUUGACAUCCAGCGCACGCGCGAGAUCCCCGACACUCACAAGGCCGCCGUCAACAACCUCUCCUUCCACCCGCGAUACCCCGUCCUUCUCUCCUCGAGCGUCUCCUCCGUGCUCUACCUGCACCACCUCAACCCGACAGCCCACCCGACGCCGAACCCGAUGCUCACCUCGGUGCAGGCCAAGGGCGUCGACGUCCGCCGCGCCGAGUUCCUCUACCCCUCGGGCGACCAAAUCUUCUUCGCGGGACGGCGCAAAUUCUUCCACAGCUGGGACCUGCAGACGGGCCACGUGCAAAAGACGUCGCAGAUCCAGGGCCACAGGCUCGAGCACAAGACCAUGGAGCGCUUCAAGCUUAGCCCCUGCGGGCGGUACAUGGGCCUUGUGGCGUCGACGAAAAAGGGCGGCGGCAUCAUCAACAUCGUCAGCACCGAGUCGAGGCAGUGGAUCGCGGCUGCCAGACUGGACAGCCGGCACGGCAUCGCCGAUUUCGCGUGGUGGAGCAACGGCGAGGGCCUGUCGAUCCUCGGCAGGGACGGCUCCGUCGGCGAGUACAGCGUCGGCGAGAAGCGGUUCCUGGCCGUGUGGCACGACGACGGCUGCGUGGGCGGCAUCGUCAUCGCGCUAGGCGGGCACCAAGGGCCCGAAUUCCUCGGCGACGACAGGUGGGUCGCUGUCGGCUCCAGCAGCGGCAUCACCAACAUCUACGACCGCCACACGCUCGUCAAGGCGUCCAAGGCCGGCGAGGUCGACGUCGAGCAGCGGCCCGAGCCGACGCGCACGUUUGAGCAGCUCGUCACGCCCAUCACGGUGUUGACCUUCUCCCCCGACGGCCAGCUGAUGGCAUUCGGCAGCACAGAGACCAAGGACGCGCUGCGCCUAGUUCACAUCCCCAGCUGCACCGUCUACAGGAACUGGCCCACGGAACAGACGCCCCUGGGCAGGAUCACGAGUGUUGCAUUUGGGCGGAGCAGCGAGCUCCUCGCGGUCGGUAAUGAUACGGGCAAAAUUAGAAUGUGGGAGAUUAGGAGUUAA